UAGUUUCACAGAGCAGAAGUGGGGGACGGGAGCACCGGACUGAUGCAGUAGUUGUAGUGAAGAAAUCGUAGCAGAAUGGCGGAGAGGUGGCUACCUUUUUCGAUCAUAUUUCUAGGAGUUCUCUCCUUGUAUUGUGCUGCGUCGGCUGAUAACAGCGGCAUUAAGAAGAUGAAGAUGCAAUUUGCAACAGGGCCACUUCUUAAAUUCCAAAUCUGCAUCUCCUGAGGGUACAAGAGGGUGUUUGAGGAGUACAUGCAGGUCUUGUACCAGCGGUACCCAGACAUCCGCAUUGAGGGAGAGAACUACCUUCCUCAACCCCUCUACCGACAUGUUGCUUCCUUCCUGUCCAUGUUCAAGCUGGCACUGAUUGGACUGAUCAUCAUCGGCAAGGACCCUUUUGCCUUCUGCGGUAUGCAAGCCCCAGGCAUCUGGGUCUGGGGACAGGAGAAUAAGAUUUAUGCCUGCAUGAUGGUGUUCUUCUUCAGCAACAUGAUUGAAAACCAGUGUAUGUCAACAGGAGCGUUUGAAAUCACGUUAAACGAUGUGCCAGUGUGGUCCAAGCUGGAGUCAGGUCACCUGCCCUCCAUGCAGCAGCUGGUCCAGAUCCUGGAGAACGAGAUGAAGAUGAAUGUACCCAUGGACACACUCCCCCACCACCGCUCCUAACCCUGUCUCAUCCCCCCGGAUGGAGCUAUAGACCCCUCCACGUUUGAGGUGGGUUUCUCAAUGGACUGUGAGGUGAUGUUAAUGAAGGUCUGCGCUGAAGGCAGGAAGACUGCUAGCUCAGACUGGAUGUCCCCAUUGCUCCUCACCACGCCCCUUAGACGCCCUGCCCCUGAUGUUGGCUUGGGAUCUAUGGCAACCGCAACAGCCAUUUUCUUGUACUAUUACUACUGCAGAUCAUUCAUCUUGUUGCAAUAAACAUUCAGUUUUGUCUCUUA